UUGUCUCUUGAGCUUUGCUCUCCUCCUGUGUAUCGCGGUGUUUAACAUGAGCUCCGCCGCUCUCCACUAUGGGCUCAGAGGUCUGGCGCUCAGCAGCAGAACAGAACUUCAGCAGGUGCUGGAGAGGAGGAGGCGGGUGCAGAGUGAUCGAGAGGAGGAGGAAGAGACCCGGACCCCUCUGGAGGACGAGCUCAUCCGACGGCAGCAGAAACUCCUGGAGAAGGAGAAGCAGGAUGAAGAACGGGUCCAAGAGGACGUCCACCUGAUGGAGUUCGUGAGAGUGCGACAGAACUUGAGAAAGAUCCACUCAGUGAUCCAGAACAGAGCGGCCAACGGCCCGAGCGGGCCGGACCAGCGGUAACUGACGCAGGAUGGACUCAUGAGAGUGUUUUCCCCCUCUCUCUAGCAAACACAGUUUCAUCAUGGACUAGAGCAAUAGCUUUCACUGUGUAUUCAGCCUUAGCAGGGAACUGGCAGGCGAGAUGAUCAGCCUGUCCCAGGACCCGAUGACCCCGUGACCAGGUGCUACCCCUGAAGCAGCUGUUUAUACUCAACCAAUCAAACCUAUUUACUGUUUGAGGAAGUGACUGGGCGUCAAAAUCGUUCCUGAAAAUAUGGUACCAUCCAAGCACAGAGGAUUUUCUGCUCUCAUAUGAUGCUUGAAACAAGAGUGCAGAAGAAGACGUGAAGCUGCAGGGCUUGAGAGCUGCUAACUUCACUGCUCUUAGUUGUUUUGUUCAGAAACAGAAGGCGACC